AUGGCGAAGAAGAGGAAAUCAGACGCCACGCGCCUUGAUGAAGUUGACCGUACGAUGUAUACUACCUUCUGCAGCGCGGCCAACUCGCUCUCGCAGCUAUACUCGCAGGCGAUGAACCACCAGCGCCUCAGCUUUCAGGCCGGAGAGCGCCACGCGCUGGAGAAACUGUAUCAAUGGAUUUUGAGGCAGCAAGAAGAAGGAUCAAGAGUAACAACAGUAGAUAUAGUUGCUUAUUUGCAGAAUGAGCUUGAAUAUGGAGUGGAGGAGUCUCCGAUGUCCCCCAGGUUGCCUAUUCAUCACCAACAUCCCCAAAGUGCAUUGAAUAAUCUAGGAGUUCCCAUUGCUUCUAUUCCAUGUGCACCGGCUGUAGGGCCUGGAGUCCGUACCGGACAACCAGAUCAUCAAGUGAAGAACUCAGUUUUCUCUAAUGCUCUCUCCAGCCCUGUUCGCCGCAGCCUUCAACACUAUCACUUGUCGCAGGGAAGCUACCAAAUGUCAUCUGGAAACGGUCCUCGGAAUAGUGACACCAACAAUGUCCAUCAUCAGAACAGGGAUGCCAAUUCUCCCAGUUCUGAAUCCAUGGACAUGCAUGCAGAUAGUCCGGGCCAUGACUUUCCUUAUUGAAGUUUCCGUGUGGUUUCUUGCAUAUUUUUUAUUGUUUUUGUUGUCAAAACUUUAAAGCUCCUGUGUGGUGGUUAGAACUUAGAAGCCUUGAAAAUUGACUGCGGAUGUAGUGCAAGUACCAUUUUAUAAGGUAGCUAUAUCAUAUUUCUCUAAGCAUGGUUAUGCAUUUUCCUUAAGAGUAGCGACUCUUGAACUUGUGGCCACAUCAGAGGGAAAGUCCUUGUUCUAACGUUCAAUGGAUGCAUAUACAACCAAUGUUUUAAAACCCAACCCGGGGUGAAAGUCGACAAAGUGGUCGGAUCCUAAGUUGACCGGUUUAACUAGUUUGAGAUGUCCAAAAGUUUGAAAUUUAACAAAAAUACAUUUGAAAAUUACAUGUAAGUUUCUAUAGGUUUGAAAUCUUGCAAAAACAACCUAAACACUCUCCUCAGCUCUUGACUAAAGCCCACUUCACCUCUCCCUCGUUCGCCUCCCCAGUUGCAGGCGAUAGCAGGAUUUUUUUUGGUGACAUUGUUUUGUGAUUUUCGAUUUAUUUACUCACCAAAAAUCAACGUUGUUGUCACCAUUGCACUCACUGGUAGUUUUUCUUCAGAAACCUUAACAUUCUAGUAAUCAAUGUUCACAGAUUGAUGUCCUAA